GUCCUGCCAGAACAGACACACCCCCCCGCCGCCGCCCUUUGGGUUCCCUCCCCGGAUACAGAGACACCUAUCCAUCUCAUCAUCCCCUCGCCCCCUUCUCACCUCCGGUCCCCAGCUCCUCCCCCGGUUGUCGCCAGCCUCCAACCGCGCCGGAGAUGCUGGGCGUCGCGCGGAGGCGCCUCGGAUCCGGAUGCGUGCUCGGCCAGCUGGCGCAGGCCCUCCGCCCGGCGGCCGCCGCGAGGAGCUACUCCGCCGCCGCCAAGGAGAUAACUGUGCGGGAAGCAUUGAAUUCCUCACUAGAUGAAGAAAUGUCUGCAGAUCCUUCUGUUUUCUUGAUGGGAGAAGAGGUUGGGGAGUACCAAGGUGCAUACAAGAUAUCCAAGGGACUGCUCGACAAGUAUGGCCCUGAUAGGGUUCUUGAUACACCAAUCACCGAGGCUGGCUUUACUGGCAUUGGUGUUGGUGCUGCUUACCAUGGUCUUCGACCUAUAGUAGAGUUCAUGACAUUUAACUUUUCAAUGCAGGCAAUUGAUCAUAUCAUUAAUUCAGCUGCCAAGUCAAACUACAUGUCAGCCGGUCAGAUAUCUGUUCCUAUUGUCUUCAGAGGUCCAAAUGGAGCUGCUGCUGGAGUUGGUGCUCAACACUCGCAGUGCUAUGCAGCUUGGUAUGCGCAUGUUCCUGGAUUGAAAGUUCUAGCACCAUAUUCUGCAGAAGAUGCUCGAGGUUUGCUGAAAGCAGCAAUCAGGGAUCCAGAUCCUGUUGUUUUCCUGGAAAAUGAACUUCUUUAUGGUGAAUCAUUUCCUGUUUCUGAUGAGGUACUCGAUUCUAGCUUCUGCCUUCCAAUUGGCAAGGCUAAGAUAGAGAGACAAGGAAAAGAUGUUACAAUCACUGCAUUCUCCAAGAUGGUUGGGUAUGCCCUUCAGGCUGCAGAUAUACUAGCCAAGGAGGGUAUCAGUGCUGAGGUAAUCAAUCUUCGUUCAAUUAGACCGCUGGAUAGAGCUGCUAUUAAUGCAUCUGUGAGGAAAACCAACAGAUUGGUAACAGUAGAAGAAGGCUUCCCACAACACGGGAUAGGAGCUGAAAUAUGCAUGGCUGUUGUCGAGGACAGCUUUGAGUAUCUAGAUGCGCCAGUUGAGAGGAUCGCUGGAGCUGAUGUGCCCAUGCCUUACGCUGCCAACCUAGAGAGGAUGGCUGUUCCACAGGUCGAGGACAUUGUUCGAGCAGCGAAGCGGGCUUGCUACAGAGCAGUACCAAUGGCGGCAGCAGCCUAAUUCACAGACCCAAUGGCUUCUCAAUCUUCCAUUUCAUUGUCUGUGUCCAGAAAGAUGUGUCGCAUAAUGGUACAAGUGCCCACUACCGCUCCAACUCAACUAGCGUGCGCUGAUUUUGUAGAGCAACCAAGAGGUCUGUCCAGUUCCGUUCUCUGCGCCGCCGCAGCAGCCGGAUGGCUGCCUGACUCUGCAUCACUUUACGGUUCUCAACUUGGGUUCGCGAGCCGUGCAGGAUUUACAUGAGGGAGAUGGUGUCAAUAACAUGUAUUUUAAAGGGAGCUCCAAGAGGUUCUCGAAUAGAAAUUCUGGUUGCGCCUUGUUUAAAAUCUCUGUUUCCCCUGCC